AUGAGCCAAAACAUUCUCAUCACAGGCGCCGCCGGAUUUAUUGGCGGCACAGUCCUCGCAAAUUUUAUCGGACUCACAGAAGGUCCUAUCGCGGGUACCAACAUCUUUGCUGCCGUCCGAUCGGAAGAGCAAAUCAAGAAGUUAUCCAAGCUUAGUGUCAACUUAAUCCAGCUUGACCUCAACGACGAACAGGCUGUGAAAGAAGCUAUCUUGGGUAAUAAGAUUGAUAUUAUUGUCCAUACCGCAGGUGCUGUCGAUCCACGUCCUAUAUCAAACCUCGUCAAGGGGCUGGGUGAUCGUCGCAAGAUCAAAGGUCAAGAUACUUACUUCAUCCACACAUCUGUCGCCACUAUAUUCACCGAAGAAGGUGGUUGGCCAGCUGGCGAGGUCAAAGACACUGACGACCUUUUCGAAAAAGAAAAGGAAAUUGGGGGCCCCAAUCAUGUUCGAUUGACCAACAUCCUCUUGAUGGAUCAAGCCGAAACAUUGGGCGUGACUGCCUUCAAUAUUCCGGUGCCGGUAGUCUAUGGACGAGGCACUGGCGAGGGCAGAAAGCUGUCCGUCAACAUACCAGCCUUUGUUAGGGCCAGCAUGAAACACAAAAUCGUCUAUAAAUUUGACAAAGACGGGAAACCACCUGGAGUGCAUGUUUCGGAUUUGGCAGACCUGUACAGACUUCUCACUGAGAAAAUCCUAUCCAAGGAACCCAUUCCCAGCGGGCGAAAGGGUUAUUACUUCGCCACUGUUCAUCAAUUAUCUUGGUGGGAAGUGAUGGAUCGCAUCGCUCAAGCCAUGUAUGCGCGUGGGCUUGUGAAUGAGCCAACUGUUCAAAUUUGGCCGAACGAAGACAUGGCGGCAGAAUCUUGCGGUUUUCCACGAUUGUACCUGCGUGCUAUAGGUACAUCUAGUGGCGAGCAUGUUCCAGUAAAUGCGUACAAACUUGGAUGGCAACCGAAAUGGACUCGGGAGAAAUUCAUGGAGUCCAUUGAUGACGAAGUUCAAGACGUUCUUGAGCUUGAUAGAGUCAAAGCCAGUCUUUUCGAUGAUAUCUUGUCAUCAUGA